CGUAUUCAUGGAGGGAGGGACAAGAUAGCCGAGUGAAAGAGACUCUUUGAAGGAAUGACUGGAAGACAAAAAGUUUGUGGCUGUGACAAAGAUUGUCCCAAUGAUGACCUCAAAAGACAAAGGAAACUGAUAUCUUUCUGGGGUGCGGAAACUGUCAGCACAAAACAAAACGGAAACGGGAUUUUGUGUGCGUGAGUGUGUGUGUGCGUGUGAGUGUGUGAGAUUGGAUCUCAUGUACAAAAGAGCGUGCAAGGAUGAGCAUGCGCCUCGAUUCACAAAACAGAGUUAAUGCUGGUAAAUAAGAGUGAUUUCACUCUGAAGAAGUCUGGGAAAGUCUUCUUCUUGAUGACAUGAGACUAUAAACCAACACCUCAAGAAGCUGCUGGCCAAAGGACAGCGCCUCCUACCUCUGACCGCUUGGCCAGGCAGUACGCCCACCACUCAGCCGCCAACAUGCUGCAGCAGAUCUUAAAGGACAUGUACAUCGACCCCGAUGUGCUCAACGCUCUUAAUGAGGACCAGAAAAAGACUCUGUUCCUGAAAAUGCGCCAGGAGCAGGUGCGGCGCUGGAAAGAAAUGGAGGAGAAACUGGAGAGAGAAGGGGGGGACGCCGAGUGCAAGCGGACAAAGCCAAAAAAAGCCAACAGUAAGAAUGUGAGCUGGCUGCUCGGCCGGGACGGAGAUGUGGCGGUCAUUGUGAUCGGGGAAGUGGAUGAGCUGAGCUCCAAAUUCAUCUGCUCGGGAUUUGGAGAAAAGAAGACGCCGGGUCUUCAGAACAAUGCAAACCAUCAAACCAUCUUGAAGAGCGGAAAAACCACAGAAGCUGUCAGAACGGAGAGAGAGAACCUCCCUCCUAAAACACAACCUGGGAUCUCACUGAAUUUAAAGGGGAAAUGUGAGGAGACGAGCACUUUACUCCCUCUGCCGGUGUCAGUGAGUGAGCAGCAUUCAUCACCUCCAGCAGCAGAAAAGCCCGAGUCCAAGUCAGCCAGUGCGACUGAGGAGAAGUCAGUUCCCCAGCCCUCCAUCUGCUCCAGGCCUCCCAUGAGAGCGAGUCCUGUCAAUGUGAGACCAGCCUCUGCAAAUGCAGCACCAGGCUCUGUCAACACGAGACCCGGCGUGGCAAAUCUGAGGCUGGCCAACACCGCCGCCGCACCGGCCCCCUCCCCUUCCCCCAGCAGCGCUGUCAAAAUAGACUCUGGAUCAACCAAAGGUGGUCUGCACUCACAGGAGCCUCAGAAGCCCCAGGAAUCCCAGGGUGGGAAAGGUAUUGGUGUCUCAGAAGCGUCUCGGAGGGCUGCCUCGGAGCCAGCCAGCUCAUCAGGGAGUGCGCCAACCUGUGCAGGACGUGGACGGGUGGCUCAGCUGAUGAAAACCUUCAGCGCCGAAAGCACUACAUCCCCCACACAGACCCCCCCUCGCGGCAUCAAGCCCCCUCUCCCCACCAAGCCCAGCCACCUGCGUCUAACGACCACACCUACUGUCAGGUAAUCCUCACGCACUGAUGCACAGACGCCCACACAGCUUCCCAGAGAUUCAAAUGAAGCCGCACUGGACAAUGUCGGACCCCCCGAUGUGGAGCCUCGGCCAGAGGGUUAAUGGGAUGGAGAACUCCUAAGGUGUUCACAAUGUUGCCAAUCACUCCAGAAGCACAGCAAUGGAAAUGCUUGAAUGUAACUGUUUUCUUUUAUUUUUGGAUGCUGCAGUACUGUAAACACUCUUUGUGGGAGAGAAAUUCCAAAGCAACUGAUCGCAAUGUAUUUUCCCUGAGAACCGAUGACGAUCACAUGUAUUCACUUGAUUUACACUUUGUGUAACAUGUGGGAAAAAAACACGUUUUCUUGUUCAAUUCACAAACCCUAUACACACACACAAUGUUGUUUAUUCACCAAUGACAUUAUUUCCAUUACUUAUGAGACUGUUUGCAUGAGCUCCAAUGCAGACACACGUUUGGUUCAGGACAAAAGAAUGGGCUUGGGCAGGCGGAAUAAGGCACAGUAGGGUCCUCCUUCAUCUUGCUGUCUCCUCCUUGGGAAUACUCUAGGGUUGUUUAUUUGUCACAAUGCAAUGUAUGUCUCCCUGUGCCACCUGGCAGGAGCCUCACUGCGACCUGUUGUGGACCAAUGACAGUGCCAAAUGCAUCGUCUGUCACUCUCAGUGGAUCAAGUUAGACAGUCGCUGCCAAAUAAUCCAGCUCUGUGUUACUCAGUACUAUUUUAGAGAUGUGUGGCUAUACUUCUUCUUUUGUUUUUUUACAUUUUCUAUAGGGAGAAAGACGAUUUGUAAGGGGAUAUUUAACAUUACUACAAUGCUCACAUGUAAAAUGAGAGAUUUUUUUUUUAUCUUUGAUGUCAAGCUUGUAUGGUGCAAUCAAAGAAACAAUAAAAUUGUGUUACUUGUUCACCUCCUUAA